AUGUCGCUUAACCUUUCUGUGUGUUUGCUAAGUGGCCAAGUCUACCCGGUCACAAUAUCAGAAGACUGCUUGGUGCGCGACCUGUGGAGACUAGCGGAAACCACCCUCUCUGUGUACCUGACUGCUUUGCUGAGCCCAUCUGGUACUUCCUUGUACGCACAUAGCCGCCUCAAUGCUGUGCUGAGUGACAGGGAUGUGGUUCACGCAGUGGCCGGGCAGUCUCCUCAUGUUGUGGCACAUCAUUUGGGUGCGGCAUUUGCGGCGGUGACUCCGUCUGGAGGCAUGUGCAGGUCUGCCCUAGCUGCAGCGGUGGUGAGUGCUGCGCUUAAAGGCGGCGGUUCUUGCGUCUUUGCGCUGCUGUGGUGCGGCUUCAGGCCCGGCGUGGUGGACAAAAUCAGCACUGGCCGAGUUUUGGUCAGCAAGAUCUGCGGGCUGCAAUGCAUGACUGAGGCAGCAAACCUGCUCGUGGAGCGCUCUGCGCAGCUCGCCGAAAAGGCAGCCGCUCGUGCCAGAGCUCUCAUCCAGGAGGAUGCUGCCUUGCAGCUGCAAAGCUAUUGGCGGAGCAGGCAAGUGCGACAAGAACUUGCUCGCCGCGUGGAGCUUGCCUGCUGUGCGGAGAAAGCCGCCCCGGAGAUUCGAAUUCUGUGCUCACAGUCGCAUCCUAGCUUGCGAGAUGUGCCAGCGGAAGAGCUGCGGGCUGACGAGCCCGUUGAGGUGCCGUUGGGGCCAUUGCCCAGAUGUCCGGAGCCGCACUUGGGCAGGCGCAUUGGCGAAGUCCGAGUGGGUGCACCUACCUGUCGUCACUGGAGCAGCAGGCCUCUGGGACAUCAUGAAAUCCUGUCGAACAGCGAGGAGGCUUCGGCGACGGGGCCGCUGAUCAAGACAGCGGAGAAGUUUCAGGUGAAUGCCUAUCCGGCAGGCAGGAGGGCUUGGAAAGGACAGGCACAGAUGCUCCUGCCUUGUGAAGAGGUGAAGCUCGCUGGUGUCCUUUGCAGAGGCUCGUUGGCGGGUGCAGAGCCUCUCACCAGAGGCUCGAUAGCAGGAUACUUGUUGGAGUCACCCAAUGUGAAGGUGAAGGUAUUUUUGCAUGGAUAUAGCUCAAACGGCGACUUGUACCUGGAGUUCCUGGCCGACCUGGCGCGCUCUGGGAUACUGGUCCUGGUGCCAGAUUUGCCGUGCCAUGGGCGCUCCGAUGGCCUGCUUCUGUACAUCUCUGACUGGUGGGCCUGGGUAGAGCAAGUGUGGACUGCACUGGAGCUUGUUCUGCCGCUGGAGUGCAUUGUGGAUGGGGGUAUGCUGCCAAUAUUCUUGGCAGGAAAUUCUUUGGGUGGCGGGCUGGCGGCCUGUUUGGCGUUGCAGCGGCCAAGCUUCUUCAGGGGUGUUAUUCUGAUUUGCCCCAUGUUGACUAUCAGUGAUGAAGUCAAGCCGCCCUGGAUCGUCCAGAUGACCUUUAAGCAUGUGAUUGCCCCAUUGUUUCCGACCCUGCCAGUGACCCCUGUCAAAGACAUGGCAGACUUUGACUUUCGAGACCCAGCGCAAGGAAGGUCGUAUGUGAAAGCAAGUCCGUUUUCGCUUCAGGGCUUGACUCCUCGGUUGGGGACUUCGAUGCAGCUCGGAUUCAUCUUCCCUGAGUGGCUGGAUGAGCACCUGAGCCAGGAUAGAAUUACGGACCCCAAGACCUCGCAGCGCCUGUUUGAUGAAGCUAUUGCCAAGGACAAGACUAUCAAGUUCUACGAUGGGGCGUACCACUGCGAGCUUUUUUGCUGUCUCCCCGGCAACGCCACUUUCAUUGGCAUUCCGUGGACUCCGGAGCAGGAGUGA